AUGCUCUCGCGCGUGGCUCGCUCCUCUCCGGUUUCUCGCCCCGCUCUGCGCCCGUUGCUCGGUGGCUCCCGCCGCCCCCGCAGCCGCAGCCCAGCCGCCGGCGAAGCCCGAGCGCGGAGAAGGACGAUGCGCGCUUUCCUGUCCCUGCUGCCGCUCCUCCUGCGCCUCGGGAGCGCCGCCGCCGCCGCCGCCGCCAGAGCGGAGAUGGAGCCCCGGACAGGUACAGCGGCGCCGAGACGGAGCGGGGUCGGGGCGAGGCGGCGGAGCUCCCCGAGCGACCGGAUGCAGCGUUUGGGGGUCCUGCCGGGGUUUGCCCUUGGGCGAGCCGCGCGUCCCCGGAGAGCGGCGGGGUCUCGGCGCCGGCGGGUGCGCGCAGCGAGGAAGAUCCCCAGAGUCCUCAGAUGCCCUGCCCGGCCGGGCUGGAGCGGGGACUCGGUCAACCUCGGCCAAUUGGGAGGGCUCCCCAGUCGCGGCAGAACCCCGCCUCGCCUCUCGCUUAGCGUGUCCUCCGAAUGGGUCGCGAGCCCCACGCGAGGCGCCCGGGCGCAUGAUAGCAUUUCUCAAGUGCUAAAGCUGAGAGAAGAACCAUCCAAAGUUCAGGAUCUGCAAGUGAAAUUCAUUGUUCGUACUACCACAGACCCAGAUGAUGCUGGCUGCUAUCUCCAUGUUGGCCAAGACCAGCUCCUAGAUGAUUGCAAGUUCAAUGUCUCUGCAAAAAGCUUCUUCAUUAUUCAUGGAUGGACAAUGGGUGGCAUGUAUGAAGAAUGGAUGGGCACCCUCGUCUCAGCUUUACAGGAACGUGAGAAGGAGGCCAAUGUGGUGGUUGUGGACUGGCUUCCUCUUGCCCAGCAGCUCUACCCCACCUCUGUGAACAACACCAGGCUGGUUGGAAAAGAACUUGCAGAGCUGCUGGACUGGUUACAGGAGAAGGAGGACUUCCAAUUCCAGAAUGUCCAUCUGAUUGGCUACAGUCUCGGGGCCCACAUCGCUGGCUACACCGGAAACUAUGCCCGGGGGACUAUAGGAAGAAUUACAGGCUUGGAUCCAGCUGGCCCGAUGUUUGAGGGAGUCGAUCCAAACAGACGUCUCUCUCCUGACGAUGCUGAUUUUGUGGAUGUCUUGCACACAUAUACGAGGGAAACGCUGGGCAUCAGCAUUGGGAUCCAAAUGCCCGUGGGUCACAUCGACAUUUACCCCAAUGGAGGAGACAUCCAGCCAGGAUGUGGCCUUACUGACAUCUUGGGAACGCUUGCCUUAGGGGAGAUUGGGGAGCUCGUGAUGUGUGAACACGAACGGUCGGUGCACCUCUUUGUGGACUCGCUUGUGAACAAGGACAAGCAGAGCUUUGCCUUCCAGUGCACGGACUCGGGACGCUUCAAAAAGGGCAUCUGUUUGAGCUGUCGAAAGAAUCGUUGCAGCAGCAUCGGAUACAACACCAAGAAAAUGAGGAACAAACGGAACAGCAAGAUGUAUCUGAAGACAAGGGCAGGCAUGCCUUUCAAGGUUUUCCACUAUCAGUUGAAGAUACACGUCUUCAGCUAUAAGAGUCUGGGAAAAACAGAACCAGCUUUUUCUGUGACAUUCCAUGGAACCAAUGGGGAUUCCCAACCUCUUCCUCUGGAAAUGUCUGAGCAGAUCGGCCUGAACUAUACGAACACCUUCCUUGUCUACACAGAAGAAGAUGUGAGUGAUAUUCUAAAGAUCAAGCUCACUUGGGAAAUGUCUUCUCAGUCCUGGUACAGCUUUUGGAGAAAAGUGAAAAAUUACUGGUCUAAGCCUGACACCUCAUCCAAAGAACUGCAAAUCAGACGCAUCCGUGUGAAGUCUGGCGAAACUCAGCGGAAGCUUGUGUUUUGUGCAGAAGACCCUGAGAGGACCAACAUAUCUCCUGGCCAAGAACUCUGGUUUGUAAAAUGCCGAGAAGGGUGGCAAAAAUGGAACAGAACAAUAACAGGAUCAAAUCUGCAUUGAAAUGUCCUCCUGGGGAAGCCUCCUGGAUUCAUCAGGGACCAACCCAUCUGGAAAAGGCAUUUGCUGCAAAGAAAGACAAAAGACCAAAACAUGUUUCCGCAGACCUUUUCCAUUGGCUUCCUCACUUGUCAGCACUUGCAAGAGCUUGUAGUUUAAAGAUGGAUAUACUGGGUGGCUAAGAACUAUCUCAGUGUGAAUGUUAAUUCAGAGACUUCCUAUAUUUAUGGCUUCUACUUUUUAAAAGAAUAAUUUAUUGGGAGGGGGUAAAACCCACCUGUUACUAAACUGGCCUCUUUUCUGAGAGCCUUUCUGGUUUGUUUGUGCCUAUGCCAGCUUGCCUUCAGCGUGGUUUGGG